UUCACAAACAAAACGUAAACAUUUAACGAAUUUGGAAGUCCUACUCUAUUUACUCUAGUAUACUUUCUAGAAUUUAUACUUUCUUUAAUAUGCGGUAUCUUUAGAAAUUUUAAUCUAUUUAUGUACCUCUGACGGUAGUUUCAUGUGUAAAUAAUGCCAAAUUAUUAGUUAUUUGAGGCGGGACAACGAUUUCACGAAAGAAGUCAAAUUCCCCGAAUCCUACAAAACAACGCACAGGACAACAUUAAUCACCAUUGCUUAGCAUCUGGGCAGCUUUUAUCGGUUUAUAUUAGAAUUUUAUAAAAUAAUGAUAACCCUUACACGAAAGAAAAAAGAAUCUAGCAGUACUAUUGUCGACUCUUCCAAACGUAUUUCGAUUCGGGAGUUCCUAUUGGUGAAAGAGGUUCAGGAGCUGGAGCAAAACCUUCCCAGUACGUGCAAAAUAACCUUUCAGGAUCCGAACAUACUGAGUGAUUUCACCUUGGGUAUCACGCCGAACGAGGGUUUUUGGCAAGGCGGGCGGUUCAAGUUCAGUGUUCAUGUUCCCGAGGAGUAUAAUAUGGCGCCGCCUAAAGUGAAAUGCCUCACUAAAUUGUGGCAUCCUAACAUUUCCGUCGAUGGAGAUAUCUGCCUUUCGUUGCUUCGCCUGAAUUCGAUAGAUGGUCUCGGUUGGGCGCCUACACGAAGGUUAAAAGAUGUUAUUUGGGGAUUGAACUCGCUUUUUACAGACCUUCUGAACUUUGACGACCCUUUGAAUAUCGAAGCAGCGGAGCAGUAUUCCAAGGACAAGGAUAAAUUUCAGGCAAAGGUGCGAGAGUAUGUUUCAGCACACGCUCGACGAUAAUCAGAGGACAGGAAUAGUGAACUAUUUACCGGUAUGAGAACUAAAGGAUGAGUGUGGGAUAACAGAUUUCAGAAUGUGGGUUUGCAGAGAAGGAUUUAUUAAAUCCAAAUUAUCUGGACUACUCAUAAAUGAUGGAAAACGGACUUAAAUCACUUUGUAUUAUUAGUCGAAGGUUGGUUGAUUCCGGCUGUUACUUCGCGCUCUUCGCGUUCGGCUCUAUAGCAAUAAUUUAGGGUGUCUAGGAAAGUUAAAAAAUUCAGAGUGGAAUAUGCAUUCUAAAUUUUGUAGAAUUGUUUUGCCUUCAGGUAUGUCAGCAUCAGGUAUAUAACGUAAAAAAUGCUAUUAUAGUGUUUCUCAGACGUAUUAUAAUUAGCACCAUUGCCACUUGAUAGCGAUCUAACUUAAUUUAAAACUAAAUAAUCGAUAAUAUUAGUAUUAAAACACAUUUGAAACAAAAA